AUGAACUAUUCAACUGGCUUUGGUUCUUCAAACAAUUCGAUGGACUCAUCCGCCAUGAUCAACACGAGUGUUAGUUCUAGAUCGAAUUCACCAAAUCUUCGGGCUCCAGGAUUGUCAUUUAGCUUGACAAUCCGUUUGAAGAACCCAGAAACUCUGGAUGAUCCAUACAAGCCGCUUCAAUAUCCAUUGGCACCUGCAGAUUUCUAUUCUCGUUUUGCUGAAGCUGAUACUGACGCCGACAUGUAUUUCGAAACUGAAUUCAAUGACGGUAUGGAAGAAGAUGAGAGUGAAAGUCAGGGCAUGGUUGAAGACUAUGAGCCCGAAAUGGUGAGACUUGAGCGCGAAGAGACUCGAGGAACCAAUUUCAUCGAUUGCCGACAGUGCGCAUUCACUUUCGAUUACUCGCGAGCAUCAUUGUGGGUGCCUGGCUACAAACGUACCCCACCAAAGUCUUUCCGGUAUCCAAAUGAGAACACGCAUCCACAGAUCGUCCGAUGCCCAGAAUGUGCCACAGAGAACUGUAUGGGCUGUGAGAACUCCCCCCAUGACAAUUGCUGCUCAUACGCACAGUAUCGCGUUGUCUGGCAUGCUUUAUGCGCUGUCGAUGAUGCCAUCGUUCAGCACCGUGUAGGGUCUUCAUACCCCAGAACAAACAAUCCUCUUAGUGCUGCAGUAGUAAAAGCCCUUGACAUUCUGAUUGAGCACAUUCCAAAACAUGCCACCAACUCAUUCGCCUGUUGCGAACUCAUCCGAAAAAGCAUGUUGCUAGACCAGGUAGCAGUUACUAUCCACAACAUGAACGAAGAAAAUCGGUUCGAUACUGUCUGCUUACAGUCUUGGGUAUUUGUGCAAAUGCUCUCCCAGCGCCAAGAUCUCUGCGGCUUGUUGUUUGAAGAGAGACUCCAGUUUUUGAGAAACUUGUCUCCUGGUGUCAGGGUUCUGGGAUUUCCUGUUGCAUUCUUCAGAAUGGAGCAGGUUUUUGACGCUGAUCAAUAUGCGCCAUUGACCUAUCGUAUCUGGCCCAUUAUUCAACAGAGCUAUCAGUCGGCGCAUGAAUUUCUGCCUUCGAAUGCUCAACUGAACGAUGCAUGGCCCGCUGUAAUGUUGGCCCGAAACAUUGUUCAUCUUCACGAUGAGUUGAAACCUAAGUCCUCCCCACCACUUGAGCUCAUCAGAUUUGUUCAGGGCCAGAACUUGCAAUCUUUCGCAGCACGCCUCGAGGAAAUGCAUCGAGUUGAGGGAACUCAGUAUGGGGCCGUCUACACAAACAAUAGGACGGGACCAUCAUCUUGGGUUACGAAGAAGCGCUGCAAAGAGGAUCAGGAAGCUGUCAAGGAAGAAAAGGGAGGAAAGCGAAGAAAGACUACGAAUUAG